AUGACAGACGAUUGGGGAAAAUGGGUUAUCAGCGACCGCGAGUGUAGCGACACAUUCGCUGCCGACAUUGAUGGCGAUGGUGUCAACGAGAUUUUAGCGAUUGAGCCGUGGCACGGCAACAAUCUCGUCUGGUAUAAAGCCACUGGCGAUCUACGAACCGACCCGUGGGAGCGUCACCUCAUCGAUGACACACUCAAUCGCGGACACUCCCUCGCCGCCGUUGACGUUGAUGACGACGGUGUCCUUGAGGUGAUUUGUGGCUACAACGGCGAAGGUACAAGUUUGCAUCUCUACCGUCCAGAGAAUCUGGCACAUAAUCACUGGCGUAAAGAGACGAUCGACGAUGGCGGUUUAGGCGUUGGACAGAUGCAUGUCUUGGACAUGAACGGCAACGGUAGGUUAGACAUCGUUGCCAGCGGUCUCAGCACCGGCAAUGUCAAGUGGUAUGAAAACCUUCCCAGUUGA